AUGGCAAAAGUCAGUAACAUAGAACUAGGACUUAUCAUUUUUAGUAUUUCCAUGAUAUUUGUUUCUGGUUUACUUUGGUGUUUUUGUUGUGGCACUUGUGUUGGAAGAAGCUUACUCCGUCAAACUCCUCUUAGUCGUUGGACUCGUGAUAAUAGAGGUAAUACCCGUUGGCAAGACCAUAUACCACUCGACUCAACAUCUGAAGAACAAUGGCAUAUAUGGAAUGAAGAAGACGAAGAUUCAGAACACGAAACCAUCUGGUAA